AUGGACCAGCAGCGGUUCUUGCAACAACUGCAAAUUGUCCUCGAUCCCUCAAAGGGCAACGUCAAGGAAGCUACUGGCACGCUUAAGAAGGAAUUCUAUACCCACCCAGAAUCCCUCCUUUUCCUCAUUCAGGUCGCCACCUCCCAUGAUGACCAGAACCUGAGACAACUUGCUGCUGUUGAAUCUCGAACCCUCGUCUACAAGCAUUGGCUCAAGAUCCCUGUGGAACAAAAACCUCAGGUUAGGGAACAGUUACUCCGUGCUGCCUUAGGGGAAGGCACCUCCUUGGUUCGCCAUUCCUGUGCACGUAUCAUUUCUGCUAUUGCGAAGAUUGAUAUCGAAGACGGGCAAUGGGCAGAUCUCCCGGGGUUUCUGCUUCAAGCUGCCGUAAGUCCCAAAGCUGACGAGCGGGCUACCGGUAUUUACAUCCUCUUUACCAUCCUCGAAACUCUAGGUGAGGGUUUCCAGGAAAAGUUCAACGACCUCUUCGCUCUGUUUGAGCAGACUAUCCGUGAUCCUGAGAGUGCUGAGGUCCGCAUCAACACCCUCCUGGCAUUGAGCAAACUGGCGAUCCAUCUCGACUCCGAAGAGGAUGAGGCACCGGUCAAGGCUUUCCAGAAUAUUUUCCCUGCCAUGGUCGCUGUGUUGAAAGAUUCGAUUGACAAAAACGACGAGGAUCGGAUACUGCAGGCUUUUGAGGUUUUCCAAACCCUCCUUGCGUGCGACCCGCAGUUGAUGAACCCUCAUCUUAAGGACCUCGCGUUGUUCAUGAACCAGCUUGCUGCCAACACCGAGUUGGAUGAUGACACCAGAACUCAGGCCAUUAGUUUCCUCAUGCAAUGCCUCCGGUAUAGAAAACUCAGGAUCCAAGGCAUGCAAAUUGGCAGCCAGAUUACCCUUACUUGUCUUCAGAUCGCUACUGAGCUUGGCGACACUGCCGUGGACGACGAUGACAUUACUCCAGCAAGAUCGGCGCUUGGUCUCCUGGAUAUGCUUGCACAAAGCCUUCCACCCAGCCAGGUUGUCGUCCCUCUCCUCAACGCCCUGGGUCAAUACUUUGGCAAUAAGGAUCCCGAAUAUCGGCGCGCCGGCAUCAUGGCUCUUGGCAUGUGCGUCGAGGGUGCUCCUGACUUCAUAAGCACUCAGAUGAAGGAGAUUUUCCCUGUCGUAUUCCAAUUACUUAACGACCCUGAACCUAAGGUUCGCCAGGCAACAUUACAUGGUGUUGCGCGAAUUGCCGAAUCUCUCGGUGAGGAUAUCAGCAAACAGCAUCAACAAGUUAUGCCUCUCCUCUUGAAAAACCUGCAGAGCACAAUGCAGGAGUGGAAAGGCGAGGAAAGCGGCCCUGUCAUCGACAUCAUGAAAGCCGCCAUCAGCGCAUUGGAUGCGGUGGUUGAUGCUCUGGGCGAGGGUGAUGUUGUCCAAUAUCAAAACGAUGUAGUGCCAAAUUUGCACAAGCUUAUCAAACAUCCCGACUUCAAGGUGAAAGCGCUUACAGCUAGCGCUCUUGGAUCCAUUGCUUCGUCUGCUGGUGAAGCUUUCUUACCCUUCUUCGAUGAGUCAAUGCAUCUCAUGCAGGAUUACGUUACCAUGAAAGACAGUGAAGAUGAGCUUGAACUUCGCGCGUGUGUCACUGACGCUAUGGGAGAAAUGUCUACUUCAGCUGGACCAGAACACUUCAAGAACUACGUCGAACCCUUGAUGCGUGCUAGUGAGGAGGCUCUGCAGCUUGGUCAUUCCAGACUAAAGGAAAGCACCUACCUUUUCUGGGGCUCUAUGUCCAAAGUAUACGGUGAAGACUUCACUCCAUUCUUGGAUGGAAUCGUCAAGGGACUCUUCGCAUGUCUCGACCAGGAGGAGACUGAUCUUGAGGUUGAUCUGGGCGAGGCUGCCAAAGACCUCAUUGGGCAGGAAGUUACCAUUGCAGGCCGCAAAGUUCGCGUCGCUGGUGAUGAAGACGACGACCAUGACACUUCUGUGCUGGAUGAGUCUAACAUUGAGGAUGUCGAUAUCGAUGGUGAGGAUGACUGGGAGGACCUAACCGCUGUCGGUCCUCUCGCCCUUGAGAAGGAGGUUGCCGUCGAGGUCAUUGGUGAUAUCAUCACGCAUGCCAAAAAAGCUUAUCUUCCAUAUUUUGAGAAGACCAUCGAACAGAUCUUGCCUCUUUGCGAACAUCCAUAUGAGGGUAUCCGGAGGAGUACUAUCAGCACCCUUCACCGCGCGUACGCUGCCCUCUGGCAGGUUUGUGAAGAGUCUGGUCGGAUGCAGAAAUGGGUUCCGGGCAAGGCGAUGGGUAUGAUCGAACCACCCGAUGAGCUCAAGAAACUUACAGAAAUUUUGGUCACUGCCACAAUCAAGAUGUGGGAAGAUGAAGAAGACAGGGAGACCGUUGCUGACAUUAACCGCAAUGUCGCUGAAAACCUCAAAUAUUGCGGGCCAUACCUUGUCUCUGGUUCAUCCGUUCUGAACAAAGUCGUUACUAUGAUCACUACUAUCAUCUCUAAGCAACACCCCGCUCAACAGGAUUUUGGUGCUGAUGACGAAGACCGAGCUGCCCUCGACGAACUGUCUGAGUUCGAUUGGGUUCUCAUCGACACUGCCUUGGACGUUAUUUCCGGUCUUGCCAUUGCCCUUGGCCGUGAUUUCCUUGGCCUAUGGCCUCACUUCGAGAAAAAAGUUCUCCAGUUUGUUGGCAGCAGCGAACCUCUCGAACGAUCCACCGCCACAGGGGUCUUGGCCGAAAUUAUUUUCGGGUUAGCCGACGCCAUUACGCCGCAUACUACCAAAUUCCUUGAGUUGCUACUGCGCCGUUUAAGUGACGAGGAUUCCCAAACAAAAAGCAAUGCUGCCUACGCGAUCGGACGACUUGUCGAACGAUCUAAUGCGGAUCAAGAAGUAAUUCAGGCUUAUCCCGCCAUCCUAGAGAAGUUGGAGCCAUGCUUGCAUAUCCCGGAGGCGAGACUUCCAGAUAACGCCUCUGGUUGCCUCAGCCGCAUGAUCUUGAAACACCGUGACAACGUCCCUGUGGCAGAUGUGCUUUCUGCCCUAGUUGAUCUCCUUCCCCUGAAGAACGAUUUUGAGGAGAACGACCCCGUCUAUCGCAUGAUUUGCCAGCUGUACAAAUGGGAAGACCCAACAGUCCGCAACCUGACACCUCGUCUAAUUCCCAUUUUCCAAGCCGUUCUUACCGGUGACUCAGGCCAGCUCGAUGAUGAACGGCGUGCCGAGCUCAUCGAGCUUGUCUCCUGGUUGAAUAAAAUGCAACCCGGAGUGGCUAGCUGGAUCGAACAACCGGGUCAAUGA